CCUCGAAUGGUCCACGCCUCUUCACCUUUUCCUCAACGCUGCUUCCUCACCCGACACACGCACACCGACCGUCCACCUACGAGACACCAUCGGCUCAAUUUUAUCGUGGCUUUUUUGUUUUUUUUUUGCAUACUUCUGAGCUGUCGACAGCCUUAUCGUUGCAGCUCCUUCUCACCACCUAGAAGUCCAAUCGCUACCCCUCACCACCGCCAGCCUUAACCCCGCCACCCGCCAGAAGCUCCAGUCAAGAUGGUUGGUCUCGGUCCCAAGGUUCCGCCCAGUAGGAAGGGUUCAAUGGCCGAUGUGCCCAAGGAUCUUUUGGCUGAGGUUAAGAAGUUGGAGGAGCAGUUCACUGUCCCCACUGAGAAGCUCAAGCAGAUCAGCAAGCACUUCAUCUCGGAGCUGGAGAAGGGCCUCAGUGUUGAUGGCGGCAGCAUCCCCAUGAACCCUACUUGGGUCAUGUCUUUCCCUGACGGCUACGAGACUGGCACCUACCUGGCCCUUGACAUGGGAGGCACCAACCUGCGUGUUUGUGAGAUUACCUUGACGGAUGUCAAGUCUGAGUUCGACAUCAUCCAGUCCAAGUACCGCAUGCCUGAGGAGCUCAAGACUGGACAAUCGGACGAGCUAUGGGAGUACAUUGCCGACUGCUUGGCCCAGUUCAUCGAGACUCACCACCCCGACCACCCUCCGUCCCAGAAGAUCCCUCUUGGCUUCACCUUCUCCUACCCUGCCACUCAGAACUACAUUGAUGAGGGUAUCCUCCAGCGCUGGACCAAGGGCUUCGACAUUGCUGGAGUCGAGGGUAAGAACGUCGUUCCGUUCCUCGAAGCCGCCCUUGCUGCCAGAAACGUCCCUAUCAAGCUGUCUGCCUUGAUCAAUGACACCACGGGAACCCUGAUUGCGUCGGCUUACACCGACACCAAGAUGAAGAUUGGUUGCAUUUUCGGCACUGGCUGCAAUGCUGCUUACAUGGAGAACUGCGGCUCCAUCCCCAAGCUUGCUCACAUGAACUUGCCUGCCGAAACCCCCAUGGCCAUCAACUGCGAGUGGGGUGCCUUUGACAACGAGCACAAGGUUUUGCCUCGUACACCCUACGACAUCAUCAUUGACAAGGAUUCUCCCCGCCCCGGCCAGCAGGCCUUCGAGAAGAUGAUUGCGGGUCUCUACCUGGGCGAGAUCUUCCGUCUGGUCCUCGUUGAUCUGCACGACAACAAGGCCGUCCACAUCUUCGAGAACCAGGACAUUGCCAAGCUCCGCAAGGCUUACACCCUGGACUCGUCCUUCUUGUCCGCCAUCGAGGACGAUCCUUUCGAGAACUUGCAGGAGACAAGCGACCUGUUCCUCUCUAAGCUGAACCUCAAGGCCACCAGACCCGAGCUGGAGCUGAUUCGCCGCCUCGCCGAGCUCAUUGGCACCCGCGCUGCCCGUCUCUCUGCCUGUGGUGUCGCUGCCAUCUGCCAGAAGAAGGGCUACGAGAGCUGCCACGUCGGCGCCGACGGCUCUGUAUUUAACAAGUACCCCCACUUCAAGGCCCGCGGCGCCCAGGCUCUGCGCGAGAUCCUCGACUGGCCCGCCAAGACUAGCGCUAAGGAGGAGGACCCUAUCGAAAUCCUCGCUGCAGAGGAUGGCAGUGGUGUUGGUGCCGCGCUGAUUGCCGCGCUGACCCUCAAGAGAGUUCAGCAGGGCAACAUGGCUGGCAUUCUCAACCCUGAAAACUUCAGAUAGCUUUUGAAAAUGGUGUAUGAGUCGCGGGAAGGGUGUCCGGGGGAAAACCCGGCAAAGAACAAGCCUUAGACCGAGUGUGUUGUUGAACUUUCCAUUCAAGUGGGCUCUAUGGUUAUGUCCAUUAGACCUAUUAGAUAGCUCAUGCAACCGAGUAUUCCUAGUACC